AUGAGGGCCUACUUUUACGACGACGUCCCCGGCGACCAGCGCCUCGCCCACGACUCGGGCAACAACGUUUCGGUUCAGACGCUUGCCGACCUGGGAGUCGUCUACCGUACAAUCCCCAUCGAUGCCGACGGCAAGUGGCAGGCGGAGAUUGACGCGUUUGCCAAGGAGAGGGGUUACAAGAACGCGAGUCGUGACCAGAUCAACGUGACUCCCGAGGGCUUGGGCGAGUCCUACGAAGCCAAGAUUCGCCAGUUCUUUGACGAGCACCUUCACGAGGACGAAGAGAUUCGCUACAUUGUGGGUGGCACUGGCUUCUUUGACGUCCGCGCUGGUGACGGUGCCCUGGACCAGAAGUGGAUCCGUAUUGCCAUGGAGAAGGGCGACCUCGUUGUGCUUCCGGCUGGCAUCUAUCACCGUUUCACCGUUGACGAGGCCAACACCAUUACGGCCAUGCGUCUUUUCCAGGACGAGCCGAAGUGGACACCGUACUCGCGCACCGAGACCAGUACCGAGGGUCGCCCGGCAAGGAAGGAGUACCUGGAGCAGAUCGCCACGACAGCUUAA